AAUAAAGUUGUGGAGAAAAAAAACAAAAACUAACCUUCAGAUUAUUUUCACUUUCUUUUUUGCAGGUUUCUCUGCAGGGCCAGGAUACCAGGAGCAGCAUGAUCAGGUAUAAAUCUUGAUUUAUCAUCAAUACUGUUUAUAAAAAACCCCAGAAAACAUUCAAGUUUAGCAGGUAAACAUUUAUCUUUGUGUGACUGAGCUGACUGAAAAUGACGCGCUUUAAUUUAGCUUGACUUAAAAAUCAAAUACAACGUGAUCAGACCAUUAAAGUAGGAGUAAAGUAUGGUCAUAAAGUUGAUUUAAUGAAGGACAAAGAGUCAAGUAAAUAUUAACAAAACCAAAGAGUUCAGGAAUAUCAGAGUUAAAAUAGCACAAAGGUAAAAGUAAAAGUAUGUAAUGAUGCCUAUUUGUAAUAUCAAAAGUGAAAGUUUACAUACCACCCACUUUUAGAGCAAGUGGGUUUAACCACUAAAGUGCAAUACUUUCUAUUUCAGUACCUUUUGAUAUCUUAGCAAACACACAUUUCAUUUACAAAGUUUGAGAAGUAUGUAGUUUGAAAGUUUGUAGUAAAAUUAGUUACAAUAAAAGUUCAAGAAAUACAGUACAUAAAGCAAUCAAAAUAAAAGAAAACAAGCUGUAAAAAGAUUUGAAUUGAGAAUAUUAAGAAAACAAAACAAUGAGAAUAAUACAGGAUAAAACGCUGUCAGAUGGAUGAGCACCUCAAAUAAAAGAAGGAGUUUAAAUGAGUUUAAGGGAUAUUUUUUAACCUAAUGGGCUCUUUAUCUUCUUUUAGGAGGGUUCAGCAAGAGGGAUCAGUCUCUCAAGAACCUCGCCCUGGACCUGGCCCGGGCCCAGGUCCUGGGCUUGAACCUGAACCUGGACCUGGACCAGGCUGUUUGUCUUCAAAAGAAGAAUGUCAAACAGAAGAGCAGACUGAGUUAAAAGAUUUGUGAGUCUCUGUUUAAAGGAAGGAUUGUUUUGUGCUUUAAAAAAUUGGACUUUUUACCUCUUGUUUUUUUCCACUUUAGCAGAAGCUUUCAGAAUAUUUCUGUCAACUUUACCACUAAUUAUGGGAUGCAGAUGCUGCAAGCUGGCAGCUUUGAGAGUAAUCUCUGAUAUUUGUUGUUAAUGCACUGUCUCAUCAUAUUGGUUUAUCAGGACCUUCCAGCAGAGACUGGACUCUCCUGCUCCCAGCUGUGUGUCCAUGAAGAGUGGGUUCUCCAUGGGUCAUCCCGUGUCUUUUAAAGGUGGAUGUCAUUCUUCUGAGGGCAGGUAAGCAUCCAUAAUCGUGGUUCCUCACACCAAAUUCCGGCAACCUAAAUUUAAUAAACAUGAAACAAAACAUACAUUUGUGUACAUCGGUCAAUAUUCUUUUCUUUCUUUAAAAAAUGGACCUGGGAUAUAACAGAAAUGUAUGAGUCAACAUCACAGAAAAGUUCCAUGUACUGUACAGGUAUAAAUAAUAGAGGCCCCAGGACAGACUCCUGUGGAACACCAGCAGUGAAGGGAAAAUGAGAUUUUGAAGGUUUUAAGUUGAUUAAAUCGAGUACAGCACAAGAGAUUUAAACCAGUUCAAGACCAUCUCAUCCAUGACAACAGACAAUCAGAUAAGAAACUGAAUAUCUGAACUUUUAAAAUGGAAAAUUAAUAUUUUCAUGUGGCUGUCACUGUCACUGCCCACUCGUCCCGCAUGACCACGGUAAAGAAGAGCCUGUAUGAGUAUGUCCUAAUGCUAUGUUUCAUCUUUUUACUACGACCUAGUACAGACUCUCCUGGUCCCAGCUGUGUGUCCAUGAAAAGUGACUUCUCCAUGGGUCAUCCAGUGUCUUUCAAAGGUGGAUGUCAUUCUCCUGAAGAAAGGUAGACCCUUAAUAUCUUCAUUUAUUAGUUUAAAUUACCAAUACUAGUCACUGACUCAGUGAUUUUGUAUCUCUAAUUCUUAGUCUAAAGCUGUUGUUGUUGUUUUUUCAUCAUAAUCUGUUUCUUCAACAGUAUUGAUUUUGAGACAGCAGAGGUCUCUGUCGAUCAAUCUGCACAGCAUCAAACACAGCUAGACUCCAUAUUUACGGUGCGUGAACAUAGAAUACGGUUAGAGUAAAGACAGAAUAUUAACUGUUGAAAUUGAAAAAGAUAUUACUCUGAAAAAUAUUGGUUUGAUUGUUCCUCUGUAAGAACUUUUUACACAAUUUGGUUGUUCCUCCUUGUCAAUUAAAUGUAGUGUUUCAAGUAUUUGCAAACCUCAAAGGUGAAAAGCUAACAUGUUAAUAGUGAUCCUGGUGAUCGGGGAGAUUAAUUUUAGAUGCGUACUCUUUCAGCUGCUUGAGAAGAACUUGGUCUGUUUUAUGAGGAAAGAGCUGAAGGAGAUGAAGAGGAUCCUGAGAUCAGUCUGCCAUGACGUCUUGGGUGGAGAGAGGGAGGAUGAAGAGAAACUGGGUGGUGUGGAUGCAGAGCAGAUGAAGAGCUGCAGAGAGAGGUUCCUGAAAAUCUCACUGCACUUCCUGAGGAUGAUGAAGGAGGAGGAGCUGGCUGACUGUCUGCAGAGCAGUAAGGAGAAACUACAAAUGGUUAUGAUGUGGACAAACAAAAAAACUAUAGUGUCCCUCAGGGCAGAUCAGCAGGUUUUGUUUUUUAUUUGUUGUUUAAACUAUUACCUUUUACUGAGUGCACUUUGAGGUCUGUUUUCUCAGAUGUGAAGCCCAGUAAAAAUACAAUGUAUGAUAAUAAUAACAAUAAUAAUAAUAACAAUAAUUAUAAUAAUAAUAACAAUAAUAAUAGAAAUUAUUAUUAUUAAUGUUGUUGUUGCUAUUCUUAUUAUUAUUUUUGUUCUUCUUCUUCUUCUUCUUAUUAUUAUUAUUAUGUUUUUAUUGUUAUUCUCCUUCUUUUCACUAUUAUUAUUAUUAUUAUUAUUAUUAUUAUUAUUAUUAUUAUUACUACUGUUAUAAUAAAAAAUAAUAACUGUUCUUCUUAUUAUUAUUAUUGUUAUUCUUGGUUUUAUUAUUAUUAUUAUUGUUGUUGUAAUAAUAAUAAUAACAAGAAUAAUAAUAACUAUUCUCCUUUUCUUCUUCUUCUUCUUCUUCUUAUUAUUAUUAUAUUUCAUUGUUAUUCUUCUUCUUUUCACUAUUAUUAUUAUUUUUAUUAUUAUGAUUGUUGUUGUAAUAAUAAUAACAAUAAUAAUUACUAUUCUCCUUCUCUUCUUCUUCUUCUUCUUCUUCUUCUUCUUAUUAUUAUUAUUAUUAUUAUUAUUAUUAUUAUUAUUAUUAUUAUUAUUAUUAUUAUUAUUAUCAUUAGACAAAACAAACAUUAAACAAAGAUGCUUGUCAUAUUUACCGGUAUGUGACCAAGAUUGGGAGUUCUGUACUCUGAACAAAUGCGUAACUCAAGAGAUUAAACAGCAGAAUACCAUGGAAAUUUCUGCCUCCAGCUUUAUUUAAGACAAUAAAAAGUACUUUAAAAGAAACAAUUUCUGACCCUCGGAAACACUGAACAACAACAAACAUACAGACGUGACUCCGAACAGGAAAAGAUGUCAGCCCCGUCUACUGAAGUCCAACUUAGUUGUGUACUGUGGUUUUUGUGUUUUUCAGAAACUCCUUCAUUUUGUCAGUGCAAACUUAAAUCCGAUCUACAAACAAGGUUUGAGUGUGUCUUUGAAGGAAUUGCUAAAGCAGGACGCCCAACCUUUCUGAACCAGAUCUACACAGAUCUCUACAUCACAGAGGGGGGGACUGGAGAGGUCAAUGAGGAACAUGAGGUCAGGCAGAUCGAAGCAACAGCCAGGAAACCAGACAGACCAGAAGCCAAAAUCAGGUGUGAAGAUAUCUUUAGGCCUCUACCUGAGAGGGAUGAACCGAUCAGAACGGUGAUGACAAAGGGAGUGGCCGGCAUUGGGAAGACCGUCUUAACACAGAAGUGGACUCUGGACUGGGCUGAAGACAAAGCCAACCAGGACAUCCACUUCACGUUUCCAUUCACCUUCAGAGAGCUGAACGUGCUGAAGGAGAGAAGGUUCAGCUUGGUGGGACUUGUUCAUCACUUCUUCACUGAAACCAAAGAAGCAGGAAUCUGCAGCUUUCAACACUUCCAAGUCGUGUUCAUCUUUGAUGGUCUGGACGAGUGUCGACUUCCUCUGGACUUCCACAACAAUGAGAUCCUGACUGAUGUUACAGAGUCCAGCUCAGUGGAUGUGCUGCUGACAAACCUCAUCAGGGGGAACCUGCUUCCCUCUGCUCGCCUCUGGAUAACCACACGACCUGCAGCAGCCAAUCAGAUCCCUCCUGAGUGUGUUGACAUGGUGACAGAGGUCAGAGGGUUCACUGACCCUCAGAAGGAGGAGUACUUCAGGAAGAGAUUCAGAGAUGAGGAGCAAGCCAGCAGAAUCAUCUCCCACAUUAAGACGUCCAGAAGCCUCCACAUCAUGUGCCACAUCCCGGUCUUCUGCUGGAUCACUGCUACAGUUCUGGAGGAUGUGCUGGAGACCAGAGAAGGAGGAGAGCUGCCCAAGACCCUGACUGAGAUGUACAUCCACUUCCUGGUAGUUCAGACCAAAACGAAAAACAUUAAGUAUGAUGGAGGAGCUGAGACUGAUCCGCACUGGAAUAAGAAGAGCAGGGAGAUGAUUGAGUCUUUGGGAAAACUGGCUUUUGAGCAGCUGCAGAAAGGAAACCUGAUCUUCUAUGAAUCAGACCUGACUCAGUGUGGCCUCGAUGUCAGAGCAGCCUCAGUGUACUCAGGGGUCUUCACACAGAUCUUCAGAGAGGAGAGAGGACUGUACCAGGACAAGGUGUUCUGCUUUAUCCAUCUGAGUGUUCAGGAGUUUCUAGCCGCUCUUUACGUCCACCUGGAGUUCAUCAAUUCUGGGACCGAUCUCUUGACUGAGGGGCAACCGACCUGCCAGAGGUCUGCAGAAAUAACAGACCAAUACGCAGUGGAACGUCUCUACCGGAGCGCAGUAGACCAGGCCUUACAGAGUCCAAACGGGCACCUGGAUUUGUUCCUCCGCUUUUUUGUUGGCCUCUCUCUGCAAACCAAUCAGGAUCUCCUACAAGGUCUGCUUCUUAGGACUGGAUGUUGUUCACCUUCUGAUAAGACAACAGUCCACUACAUCAAGACAAAACUUAGGGGAAACUCCUUUCCAGAGCGCAGCAUCAAUCUGUUCCACUGUCUGAACGAGCUGAAGGACCAUUCUGUCAAAGGAGAGAUCCAACGGUCUCUGAGUUCAGGACAUCUCCGGACAGAAAUACUGUCUCCUGCUCAGUUGUCAGCCCUGAACUUCAUCUUACUGUCAUCCGAAAAAGAUCUGGAUGUGUUUGACCUGAAGAAAUACUCUGCUUCAGAAGACGCUUCUCUGAGGCUGCUGCCAGUGAUCGAAGCCUCCAACAAAGCUCUGUAGGUUUUCAGACAAUCAAACCGAUUUGAUAGAGUACAUACGGAUGCAACUAACCGUGUUUAAUUUUUCCUUUCACCCCAGGCUGAGUGCCUGUAAGCUAUCAGAGAAAAGCUGUGAAGCCCUGGCUUCAGUCCUCAUCUCCCAGUCCAACCGUCUAAGAGAGCUGGACCUUGGUUACAACAACCUUCAAGAUACAGGACUGAAGAUGUUGUCUGUUGGACUUGGGAGUCCAUGCUGUAAGCUGGAGACUCUGAGGUGAGAAUUAGUGACAUGAUACUUUAUUAACAUGAAAACAGUAAAGACCUGUAAGAUCCCGAAGCGUCCCCCACCCGCUAUUCCGCCAAGGUCUCUGGUAUUUACUUCGUUUUAUUGCUUGUGUUUUCUGUACUUUCUGGUUGGUUUCUACUGUCCGAUAUUGUAGCACGCUAACUUUGUUUGGGCUUGUGCAUGUUAUUGGAGGAUGUGGAGCGUGCCUCACAACCAAUCAGGUUGGGGGGAGGUGGAGAAUGGCUUUGUUUACAGUCAACAAGAGUGGGCUGCUCAAAAAAUUUAAAAUGUUGACUACACAGACUUAACAAAACACAGCGAUAUUGUUAUAUUACCAAAUGUCACCAGUAACUAUUAUCUAUUGACUGAUAUUAAAAGUUUUUUUGUAAAUACACCACACAAAAAAGUCGUUCUUUAACGGAAUCCUGCCUACCCCACCGUUAAAUAUCCACAAUUUUGUAAGGGGGAUCUCCUCAGUCACUGGGGUGUUAGCACUAAUUUCUGUUUUUUUUUUAGGUUAUGUCAAACCAGCCUCACUGAGAGCUGCUGCCCAGUGUUAGCUUGUGUUCUGAGCUCAGAGUGUUGCCCUCUAAAAAAUCUGGACCUUGGUAACAACAACCUGCAAGACUCAGGGGUCAUCCUGCUCUGUGCUGGACUGCAAAGUCCACACUGUAAACUGGAGAAUCUAAGGUGAGAUCUUGAACUUCAUCUCAAUCGCUUUGCGGCAUUCUGGUUCAGAAAGUCAUGGUUUGGUUUUAAUUCAGUUGCAUUAUCCUUUAUAUAUUUUUACAAUCUGAUUGGUUUACAUUUUAGACUUCGAUUCCGGAUCUUGUGUCUUUCCUUCAAUCUCAGCUAGAUGUUUUACACUGUUUUUUCCUGCAUUAAUCCAGGCUCAGCAGCUGUAAUCUGUCAGAGAAAAUCUGUAAAGCUCUGGCUUCAGUUCUCAGCUCCCAGUCCACCUGUCUGAGAGAGCUGGACUUAAGUCACAACAACCUGCAGGACUCGGGAGUGAAGCUGCUGUCCUCUGGACUGCAGAGUCCAAACUGUCAACUGGAGACUUUAAGGUUAGACUCAUUAUUUCAAAUAGUGUUCACGUGUUUAUCAUAGUGUUUGUUGUGUUCUGGACAGUUUCGGUCUGGCAGUGAGCCGCAGAGCUCAGCAGGGUGGAAGAGCUUUGUCCAUCUUUGACCAUCACACACUUGCCCCAAGAGUAAAAAGGUCCAGUAUUGACUAACUUGCAGUUUCCUUCUGUUAAAGGCUAACCACUCUGUUCCUCUUUAUUAGGUUAAACCGAAAUGGUCUCACUGAGAGAAGCUGUCAGGAAUUUUCAGCUAUUUUCUGCUCACACUCCUUUUCUGUGAGAGAACUCGACUUGAGUCACAACCACUUGCAGGAUUCAGGAGUGAAGCUGCUGUCCGCUGGAUUGAAGAGUUUGCACCAUAAACUGGAAGUCGUCAGGUCAGGAUUUGUCAGGAGUUUUUGUGACAGACUGCUGUGACAUUUUCUGAUGUGACCAAGUUUCAGUUCUUCAGCCUGUGUUUAUUUUCAGGUUGUCAGGAUGUCUGAUCACAGGAAAAAGCUGUGUUUCUCUGGCUUCAGCCCUGAGCUCAAACCCUUCUCAUCUGAGAGAGCAGAACCUGACACGUGACCAUCCAGGAGACUCUGGCGAAACUGCUGACGCCUCGGCUCAAAGAUCCACUCUGGAAGAUGGACGCACUCAGGUAUGACUGAUGAGGAUGAAGUAGCACUUUCUCAAUCAUGAGGAAAUAUUCAUAAAAAUAAAUAAAAAUACACCUAAAAGAAACUGGAGUGAUUAUGUUGUCCUGAUGUGACUCUCUGACUCCCUUGCAGAGUGGACCAUGGUGGCAUCCAGAGAUUGAAAUGAGGUCUGAAGAAGUGUGAGUUUGUUUUUUGUUUGAUACACACAAACAAAGCUACACAAAUUCUUGAAAAUAAAACUCAAGUGAAACAACAGUGUCCUG